AUGGCUCAGAGUGACUUUUUCUACCCUGAGAACUCAAAGAGGAGACAGGAACUGAACAACCUACACCAGCAACUGCUUAAUUGCUUAUCAGACAGCUUUGAUAUCACCAAUGAACUGAGUGGGGUUCUGAAUAUGCACUUGGCCUGCAGGCUGGAAUCCAUAGAAAUGAAAAGAAAUGGAACCAUUAAGGAAAACUGUGAUAUCAUCAUAAAAGCCAUGAAGAAUAUCCAAAAGGAAGUACAAAGGGUUGAUAAUGUGCUAAAAGAAAAACUGGAGCCAACAUUGUAUAGAAAACUUCAGGACAUCAAAGAAAGGGAAACAGAAAAAAUUGCAAUUGUGCAGAAGGUUAUGUCAGUCAUCCUGGGAGAAGCCACUUCCACUGCCAGUACAGUAGCUGUAAAACUUAUCUGCUCAAAUGUUACAACUGUCGUUAUUAACAAAUUGGUCACUGUGUUAGCCCAAAUUGGUGCAUCUCUGCUUGGUGGUAUUGGGGUUGCUGUUCUCAGACUUGGACUAGAUAUGAUCCUCCAUGCCAUAUUAGGGGCAGUGGAGAGAAGCCAGCUUCAAGCGGCAAUUAAAAGUUAUGAGGAACACCUGGUAGAGUUUAAAUCUGCCUCAGAAAAAUACCGUCAUGCCAUAAAGGAGGUCACCAAUACUCUUAAGUACAGGUUGAAAUGA